AUAAUAUUUUAUAAUUAAAGUAACGUUAAAAAAAAAAGAAAUUUGUAUAAUUUGAGGACUUGUCCAAAAUUAGAAACGAGACAAGUCUGAUAAGAGUUUUGGUGUUUGUUUCAAGUGUGAACGAUUGUUGUCGUGUUUGAGUGACUAAAAAACGGUUACUCAAAAUGAGUAAUUUUACCGUGAAAGAAUUAAAGCAACAACUGAGAAGUAGGAACCUUCCAGUUACUGGCUUGAAGGCGGAUUUGAUAAAUCGGUUGCAAACAAACUCGUCAUAUCAGUCUUAUACAAAUUCGUCUUAUACAAGAGGAUCAAAGGAAAGUGAAUUGAAGGAUUCUACUGUAUAUGAAUUAAAGACGCAACUGAAAGCUAAGGACCUUCCGGUCACUGGCACAAAGGCGGAUUUGAUAAAUCGGUUGCAAGCAGAUACGCCGUAUCAGUCUUAUACAAAUUUUGGUAUAAAGGCGGAUUUGAUAAAACGGUUACAAAUACACACGCCGUAUCAGUCCCAUGUGCAAACAAUGGAUACUGAGAGAAACCGGAUCACAUCUUACGAAAAACCUACGAUGGACGGCAAGUGGUUCACACAUACCAAAACGGUAGUGCAUGCCGCAGAUUUGACGAACGUUGCAACAAAAACCUAUAGCAAUCUAAAUAAGAUUCGAUUUGAAGAUACCAAAACAGCGGAUGCCGCAAAGGUAACUAACGCGACAGCAAGAAACUCUAUGGAUAGGAAUCUGAUUCGAUUUGAAGACACAAAAAUGACAGCAAGUGUCACAGAAGGAACGAAUACGACAGCAGAAGAUAAAACGGUAGCGAGUACAGAGGAAACAAGGACCCUUGUUAAUAUGAAUAUGUUUCAAUUUGGAGACACUAAAACGACAGCGGAUGCUGCUGAAGCGACGAAUGCAGCAGCAAAAAGCUCUACGAAUAUAAAUGUGAAUCGAUUUGAAGACACCAAAACGGCAGCAGGUGUCACAGAAGUAACGAACACGACAGCAGAGGCCAAAGCGGUAGCGAAUGCCAUAGAGGAGACGAACGCGGCAGCAAGAAACUAUAUUGAUGAUAACAUAUUUCGAUUUGGAAAGGCCAAAACUAUAGCGGGUGUCACAGAGGAGAUAAAUCCGACAAGAUACUUUGAUGUACAUAUGAUAUGGAAAAAGAUUGAAUUGUACCGAAGAGAGAAAGAACUUGCUGAGCAAGCGUUAAUGUUAGCUCGAAAUGAAAUUGAGAUGCUUCGAUAUGCUCUGAUUGAUACCCACAAAAAAUAUGUUGCUGUUUCGAAAAGAUAUCAUUUGAUGAUGACGACGGUGAAUCUGUCCCAGAUAACCAUUGUAUCAAGAAUCAGCAUGAGAAACUCUACUGAUGUAAAUAUUCGGCUUGUCAAAACGGUAGUGAGUGUCACAGAGGUGAAAAACGCGGCAACAAAACUCUCCGUCGAGGAUAAUAGCACUAAAGGACGAUCUUUAUUUGAAUAUAGUAGACAGCUAGCGAAGGCGAGGAGAUCGGUAGCGAGAUACUGUACCAAGAUGAAUAUACAAUUUCGAGACACCAAAACGACAGCAGAAGAUAAAACGGUAGCGAGUACCACAGAGGCAAUGAACGGGGAAACAAAGACCUCUGUUAAUAUGAAUAUGUUUCAAUUUGGAGACACUAAAACGCCAGCGGGUGCUGCUGAAGUGACGAAUGCAGCAGCAAAAAGCUCUACGAAUAUAAAUGUGUUUCGAUUUGAAGACACCAAAACGGCAGCAGAUACCAUAGAAACAACUAACACGACAGCAGAGGCCAAAGCGGUAGCGAAUGCCACAAAGGAGACGAACGCGGCAGUAAGAAACUUCGUUGGUGAUAUUUCGAAAGGAUAUGUAGGAACAUUUCAGUUUGGAAAAGCCAAAAUUGUAGCGAGUGCUGCAGAGGCGACGAACGCGACAAGAAACUUUACCGAUGUAAAUAUCAAUCGAUUUGAAGGGACCAAAAUGGCAGCGGGUGUCACAGAGGAGAUAAACCCGAAAUACUUUGUUGAUGUACAUAUGAUAUGGAGAGAGGCUGAAUUGUACCGAAGAGAAAAAGAACUUGCUGAGCAAGAGUUAAUGUUAGCUCGAAAAGAAAUUGAGAUGCUUCGACAAGCUCUGAUUGAUAUGGCUACUCGCCCACAAAAAAUAUGUUGCUGUUUCGAGAGGAUGUCAUUGAAAGAUGAAAACGGUGAAUCUGUCUCAGUGUCCAGACAAGAUAAGUGCAAUUGUAAGCUGCGACCGGAGCAUAAAGACCGAAGGCAUUAACUCUGAUCAAUAUUGUUUCAAUUGUGGUCAGCUUGAUCAUUUUGGAGCUACUGUUUAUCAAAAUACAAUGGUGUUAA